CUUGUGCGUGGGAGAAUCAACAAGCGAAAAGGAUGUUAGCUACCUAUAAAAACUUGUAUUCCCUUGUUAUAUACAGCCAACGAUUUUUCACGGUGGAUUUGGAGAAUAACAAGUAACACUGUAGCAAGAAAACCACUGGUGUCUGCGAGUGCUUGAGGGAAUAACAGGUUAAGUUCACUGUAUGAAGAGUCCACAUUGCCAGGUUGCCAGGCUGGAGCUGAACCUUGGCAUCUGUAGGAGGCUGUUGGUCGGGCCUGUGAAUUCUCUAGAGCAAGUUGAGAAUGAUAUCCGGGGGCUGAGAAAACAAGACGCGCAUUUCAUCAGCGGACCAGCUGCGGGAGAGCAGCGAAAGGCUACGGGCAGAUCUACGCACAAUCUUCUAGCCAUGGGUUGCUAUGACUGCUGUAUGCGCUGUCUGGGUGGGGUGCCCUACACCUCCCUUGUAGCCACCCUGCUGUGUUUCUCUGGCAUUGCUCUCUUCUGUGGCUGUGGCCAUCAGGCCCUCACAGAGACAGAGAGGCUCAUUGAGACCUACUUUGCCCGUAACCUCCAGGACUACAUUACCCUGGCCUACCUUAUCCAAUAUUUUCAGUAUGUCAUUUAUGGCCUGGCCUCCUUCUUCUUCCUCUACUGCAUUGUGCUUCUGGCUGAGGGCUUCUACACAACCAGUGCCACACGCCAGACCUUCGGAGAGUUCAGGAGCACCAUGUGUGGACGCUGCCUCAGUUCCAUGUUCAUUGUGGUGACCUACGUCUUGGCUGUUUUGUGGCUCCUGGUGUUUGCCUUCUCGGCACUUCCUGUUUACUUCUGUUACAACAUGGAUGCUACCUGUCAUACUAUUACCGUACUGACCGAGACGCCGGCCAGCAUCAACCAGCUCUGCAUCGACGCUCGCCAGUACGGCCUGCUUCCCUGGAACGCCAUGCCAGGGAAGGCCUGUGGGAUGACACUAUCCAUCGUGUGUAAAACCAGAGAGUUCCGGAUGACCUAUGACCUCUAUAUCGCUGCAUUUGCUGGAGCUGGCAUCACCCUCCUUGCGCUGCUCACCUACAUAGUCUCCACCACCUAUAACUUUGCUGUUCUCCGGUACCUCGGGAGAAAGGGCAUAGGCACAAGGUGUUAGUAGUCUCCUUUCUUCCUGCUGUACAACACUGAGAGCUAGAGGAACAACUGGGACUCCCUGUACUCUCUUCCCUUUCCGCGCCUCGAGACGGCUGCUUGGACCCAUGAACAUUGUUCUAUACUGUCUCCCCCGUAUCCCAGCCCAAACAACCUUUCCCUGUUUCUUCAAAGCCUUAUGUUGGGGUUCAUGGAAAACUGUCUAUUCACACCACACAAAUGUCUUCCUAAAUGUAUAAAUGGAUGUGUUCAUCAUUUGAUUCUGCUAUUGUGAACAAUAAUUGCAAACCUAACUCACUUAACAUUGCUAGACGCCUUGAUAUCCUUUCAUUUUUAUUAGUUGUGCAACACUCAUGGUGGCAUCUAAAAAAAAGGCUUUUCCAUGUAUAAUAUCCUUCACAUCUUGUUGUCAUGCCGCUAGAAGAGCGCGAGUUUGUGGUCAUGUACUGACCUCUGGGGAUUUUUUCACAGGCAAAUGAAAAGACAUCAUAAUGCAGCAAGGCUGACUUAAAAAAACUGGCCAAACAGAUGUGCCCCAGGGCCCACCUGCUCAAGGGUUUAUAGCAAAGUGUCAUGUUGGGUGUCAGAGUAGGUGAGGGGGUUGGAGGGAGGGACAAAGAGAAGGAAUGGCUCCUCAAACCCUGAAAGACACACCCUGCUUCCUGGGACCUUGGUCAGCGGGCCAGAGGCAUUGUACAGAGAUGAUGGCUCAAGAACCAGGGUUAGAAGGGGGAUGGGUAGAGAAUGGUUCAAGUUUCUCUCCCAACAAAAUAUUUUCUUCAGUUUGUACUGAUUGGAAGAAGUUAGGAAAAAAAAAAUCAUUUUGAGGGAAAUGGAAAGCAUGCUAUACAUUUCCACCUGGAUUUAUUUAGAGGACUGUGCAAAAGGACUGAUACCACCAGAAUUAUGGAAAUGGUCAAAUUCUUGUAUUUGAUAUUCUUCACUCCAACGGUGCUAACUGUGAGGCACAUCAACUGAGUUACCUUAAUUUGCUUUCACGUAUGUGAUAUCUGUAAGUGGUCCACUGCCUUGUGGGUGAAACAGACAUUAUAAUAAAAUCUGUAAUUUUAUAGGAUAAACAAACAAAAGGUAGUUAUUGUAUAAUACAUGUGCAUAUUAUGUGCUGUAGAUAAAUGUACUAAUCUUAAUACCCCUGCAAAAACAAAACCACUGUGUACUAACAAGCCAUGUUAUUUAGAUGACUCAUAUAGUUAGUGGCUGGCUCUGUUUGCUCAGUGUUUGUUUUGUGAUGCCAUGUUGGUAAUAUUUGGUAAUAAAAAAAUAUGGUCCUAUAUUUCAAGACAAACUGUAAAUUGUUCCUUAGUAAGCCUACAUCUGGUAGUGUGUGUGGCUUGCUCCUAAGGUAUAUUUGUUAUGAUAUUUCCAUCCUAGAGUAUUCUCUAUUGUCCUGUGACUUGCUCAGAAACUACUAGUAAGUACUUUAGGAAAGUAAACAAUGUUCUGGGGUUUUGUGGGUCAUCUACUCUCAGGGCAUGUAGGGGAUCAUGUGGUUUCAUAUCCUUGGUUCUGAUCCUUAAUAUUCCACAGUGUUGUGUGUUACAAGAGACUAGGGAUGCACGAUAAUAUCUGCACGUCAUCGGUAUCGGCAGAUAAAAGCUUCGAAACUUGAUUAUCGGCAUCUGCAGAUAUGAAGCUUUCUGCCGAUGUACCUGGCCGAUAAGGUGACGUGCAAAUUAUGCGCAUGCGAAGCAAAUGUUUAAUUAAUCAAUAAGCCCGUCGCGUUGUGCCUAACAACUCCACUUACCUUUUCUAAAAUCGGCGCAAAACACGGACUUUCGGGCCUUAUUGCUUUUCUAAAAUUGUUACUACAAAUAUUUGAUAUGGUUUCAUAAAUAAAGACAAUCAAAUUUAAG